AACUCAUCAGCACAAUUUCUGAAGGAGACAUGGGGAAGUUCCAUACCAUUUUUUCCCUUGUAGUACUUUUGAUCAUCUUUCAGCAGGUGUUAGCUCUGCCAACAUUGCCUCUUCAUACAAAUUCAAGAUGGAUUGUGGAUGAAGAUGGAAAAAGAGUGAAACUAGCUUGUGUGAAUUGGGCUUCACACAUUUUAAUGUUGGCUGAGGGUCUCAGUAAACAGCCUUUGGAUAAAAUAUCAAAGAAGAUUGCAUCCAUGGGAUUCAAUUGUGUUAGGCUUACAUGGCCAACAUUCAUGGUUACCAAUGAGACCUUAUCCUCUAUGACUGCUCGUGAGUCCUUCCAGAGUGUCAACCUUGUUGAAUCUAUUGCUGGCUUGGAAGUCAAUAAUCCAUCUUUGGUAAAUAUGACGGUUGUGCAAGUUCUCCAGGAAGUAGUUAAGAACCUUGGGGUGAACAAUGUGAUGGUCAUAUUGGACAACCAUGUAAGCAAACCUAUGUGGUGUUGCAACAAAUAUGAUGGCAAUGGCUUCUUUGGAGAUCGCUACUUCAAUCCAAGGGUAUGGCUUGAGGGGUUAAACAAAAUUGCCACAAUGUUCAAAGGUGUUCAAAAUGUCAUCGGCAUGAGCUUGAGGAAUGAGUUGCGAGGACCAGGGACGAAUAUCGCGGCUUGGUACAACUUCAUGCAGAAAGGAGCAGAAGUAGUGCAUACUGCAAACCCUAAUAUUCUUGUUAUUCUCUCGGGACUUGACUUUGAUAAAGACUUGAGAAUGCUUAAGAAUCAAUCUCAAGUGACCGUUUCUUUCAAGGAGAAGCUUGUAUUUGAGAUUCAUUGGUACAGUUUUGCUGCUCCUGAUGAUUGGAAGAAUGGAAACCCUAAUGAUGUAUGUGCAGCUCAAGUACAAGUUAUGAAGGAUCAAGCAUACUUUCUAUUAGAUCAAGGAUAUCCACUCUUUAUGGGUGAGUGGGGUAUAAAUCUAGCAAAAGAUGAUGUGGCUGAUAAUAGAUUCGCGAGCUGUGCUUUCGCUUCUAUAGCUGAACUAGACUUAGAUUGGGCUUGGUGGUCACUUAUGGGCAGUUAUUACUUUAGAGAACAUAUUAUGGCACUGAAUGAAUUCUAUGCUGUUUUGAAUUGGGACUGGUCAGAGGUUCGGAACCCAAGCUUCAUGCAGAGGCUCUCUUCUGUGCAGUCUCCUUUCCGAGGUCCAGGUCUUUCUGAUCAUGAACAAUAUGAUGUAAUUUACCAUCCACUCACGGGAUUGUGUAUCCCUAAAAGUCCAGAAGCACCUCCAACGGUGCCUGUCAAGCUAGGUUCUUGUGUUCAACCUGAAGCCUGGACCUACACGCCUGAAAAGAAUCUACAGAUUAAAGAUGCGUACUACUGUUUACAAGCUGAAGGAGAAGGUAAGCCUGUCAAGUUUGGAACAGAUACUGAUUGCAAAAGCUUGAAUGCCCAAUGGGAGAGAAUAACAAACUCCAAGUUCCACUUCUCAACAAUGGUUAACAGUACUGCCUUGUGCUUGGAUAUAGACUCUAACAAUACUAUAGUCACAACACAAUGCAAAUGCUUGACUGGUGGAUCAUGUGAACCUGCAAGUCAGUGGUUCCAUAUUAUCCCUAGUACCAUACGUUAUGAUUCCUAAGAUGUAAACUUGAAAUCUACCUUCAUAAACACGUCCAAGAGAAUUAUAAUCCUUUAUAUUAUACAAUUGAAAUUUCAAGUCGAAGAAAUGUCUCUUUAUAUUGCAAGCAUUGUUGUUAUAUAUCAACAUUUCCUUGUAAAUUUCUUAGUGUAUUCAAUUUGAAAAGGGACAUUCUCCA